AGGUUUCCCCGCGGACCACGCAUCAUCAGCGAUGGUGGCUGGAACGGCGGCGGCGACGACGACGACGGUGUCUCGGCGAGAGACCCACAAGUGUUCUGCUAGGUGCCCUGGGCCGUCCGCGAGUCUCAGUAUGAUUGCGUCUGUCGCGCGGUUAAGACGAUUAUUGAUCCCUUAGCUCGAGCGCGAUCAGCUGGGGCCUAGUUGCAGAUUGCGAAGGUGGAUUAAAGCCUCGGCAUCGACCGUAGCGUUUUUUUUCUCUUCAUUUUAUUUUGUGUGUGCUGUGAGGAUUGUGGUGUUGCUAGCAACGCGGGCGGUAGCUUAUGAAGAAAACCGAAAGUGGUACACCCACGCGCUGUUGGAAUUCGAGAUCAAGUGGGCAUUCGGUGACGAGUGGUUUGGUGGUAACUGGCGCCUCUCCAAAUACGGCUGAGAAGGUGUCCGGGACUGCAGUAUUGUCGUGUUUUUGUUUCUCUCCUAGCAAAUUGGUAGAUCAGCGUAAAUCGCGGAACGGUUAAUCAGAUAAGACGGAGGCUAAGACGAAGAAAGAAGAAAACUAAGAAAACACCCAGAGGGUCCUUCAGAUCAUAUCGGAUCCAACGACGAUAGUGGUGGCUCUUUUGUGGUUGGUGCUAUGGACCUGCCGAGUCGUCGAACAUACGUCGGAUCGUUGAUAAAAGAAAGCAAAACACGGCAUGAGAAUUAAUAAUUUACAUACUUAAGUACGGUGUGCGGUUUGCAGUAGGUCCGCUUGCCCAGUCCCCUGUACUGGACUGUACGCCACUGGACACGGGGGAAGCAGGAUGGACAGAAAAAACGCCAAGAAGGAAAGUGUUUUUUUCGUUGGACGGCAAUCGCGAGCGGCAGAGGCUGGAAAAGUGUACGAUCACUGAACUCCGGAACUCUUGAAGGUGCAUGUCGAUCGGGAUCUGCUAAAGUGCAGUAUAAAAGCGGUUAUAGGUUGCAAAAUUUUAAUAAACAGCGCAUACGAUUAUCUCGCUUAAUCUCGGAGGAGACGUUUCUUGCUGCGGCUGCUGCUGCUGCCGUCGCUUCGUAGGUUUUCUGGCAGAGUUUAUCGCCGUGCUGGGUGCUGGCCUGUCUUGGGAGUUCUCGAUGUCGUUGCCCCCAGGAACGCGUGAAGUAGUUGGCGGCUUUAGAAGAUUGCAGUACGGCUGGCUUUGGCUGCCCGAGUGAAGCGAAGGAUCGUUAAUAAUUUUAAAGAUCAUUUGUUGGACUCAAGUGCGUGUGCUUGUGCACGUAGAUGUGCGAAUAAAAAACGGUUGCGGUAAAAAAAAAUCCGAUAAUACCGCCGACAGUUGAAAGGAUACGGUGUAAAAAGGAGCGAAAGACCAGAGAACAGAUAUACAUUUAUCGAAGAAUUAAAUUACCGAUCGAAGUGAGGAUUGCGGAGAACAGCGCUACCGAGAUACUGAUCCGAGAUUGGACGAUAGUGGAUUUGAAAAUAUAAAAAUAAUCGGACAUCGCUAUAUAUUUUCGCAUGCAAGUAGGAAAAUAGGCGUCAAAUCGUCGAAUUUGCGGGACCGGCCGUAAGGUUGGAAUCGAUGCAAGAUAUAACCUUGGAGACGAUCGCAAAAAGUAACAAUCCACAUCGUAAAGCAGGCAACCAUGCAUCACAAACUGGAACCGAUGGCGAGUCUUACGUUUGGACAGAUGCCCAUCAUGGGUCUGGCCGAUCCAAACAACAACAACAACAGUAGCAACAGCAGCAGUAGUAGAAGCAGCAUAACCAGUAACAGCGGGAGUGAUGAGAUUACUAAAAAGGAUGAAAAAUAUUCACUUAGACAGCGACAAUCCCGUCGUUCCGUACCGGCUUCGGUGACAACCAAGCAGGAAAAGAAAUCCGCACCCAAGGAAAAACCCAAACAAAAAGCGGCUCCGUUAAGUAAGUACCGCAGGAAAACGGCCAACGCUAGGGAGCGUACCCGCAUGAGGGAGAUAAAUAGUGCAUUCGAAAACCUGAGAAAAGCCGUUCCGAUUGUGGUUGCCGGAGCCAGUGGAAAUAGUUCCCCGGUCAGUUCUCCUGGGCAGACCGGCAGUACUCCGUGUGAGAAGCUUACCAAAAUAACUACCCUUCGGUUGGCGAUGAAGUACAUUCGGAUAUUAAACGACAUACUAAAUAACACCGACAGCAGCCUUCUGAUGGAUAACAACAACGACAUGGAUAUGAUAAACCACAAUGAGAUUGAACGGGAAGUUAUGCUUAAAGGAGCCUUACUUAACGAAUCCAUAUUCCAUCCGGCAAGCCCUCUAACUGUGAAAAGGCCACCGAAAAACUCUUCUAGCAAGGCUAGUCCGGCUGUAGCAAAUGCUAAACGGAAAGCGAAAAAAACCAGCAAAUCAUCAGCCUCCCGCCGCAAGGGUUCUUCCACCCGUUCCAAGCAAGCUAACAACAAGACGGGUGAUGUUGAAUCAAGCCUAGAAACCCGAGAAGAGCUUAUCGAUCUGGGAAUGAUGCUGGAUUCGGAUAACGAUUCACUGAACCUGUCGGAACCCUGCCUUAGCCCGUUACAAUCCAACACCGGACUGAAGCAGACCUUCAAUAGCUGCAACACAACCACCACUCCAAACGAGCUGGAGUUUGGACUGUUCCUCGAGUCGGACGCCGAUUCGCUGCAGCUAUCGGAACCUUGUCUGAGUCCGCUUAGUCAUCUAGACUCGUUGAAUCCCUUCAACGACCUGCUCCAUACCGGAUUCAACGAACAGGCUGCUUUGGAGCUGUACUUAUAACAGUGCUUCAAUCCCUCGUCGCUUAGGUAGUGAACAAUUCCUUUGUAUAUGUAAGUUCUUCCCGGGGCCGGCGCUCUCUUCGCGUAGUUGUGUACGAGUGGCAUCCUAGCCAUUGUUCAUUUCAUUCUUUUAGAAUUUUAGAAAACUAAUGUCGUGUGUCAAACUCUUCCUUAGUGUUUACGAUAUCCCGCUCACGUACACAAUUGGGCAGAACCUAAACUUUAAACAACUUCAAACAACUUAUUUUGAAUAAGCAUUAGGAGCGCUCGUUGUUUUAUGAAAAUGAAAAUGCCACUUUAUUUCAAAAACGCAUUAAAUCGUUGGGCGGGUAACUCAUGUUUUAUUUCGCUAGUUUUCCGUCGGUCUUGUUCCGCCAUUGUUCUUCACCGACGCCGGAGAGGCGACUUCACCCAGGAUCCCCUUCCCCCCCGCCGGAUAACUCCUUAUACCGAAGCAAGCUGUUUCUGCGUUCGGCAUGGAUCCUUAUCGAGCCAUUUCUUCAAUUCACCUUUUACCUUCUUCAAAGCACCGAAACCAAUCCCGACAUUUUGUUUUACUUAGAGCUGCAUUUUCAUAAACUUUUUUCAACUCUCGAAGCCCUUCAAUAAAACGAGAAAUCCACAAAUGACGAAUAUUUGUCAUAAAAAGAUUUUUAUUGUUUAAAAGCACUUUGGAAGUGAUUGUUGUUUAGUAAUGGCAGCACGAGUGUUGGUUGGAUCCAUGUAUUGCAUAUCUGCAGCCAUAAAAUCUAUUUAUUUUGUUUGUGCAUCUCCCUAUAAAACUCACAUUUACAUUGACUUUCUUGGAAAAUUACUGGAUUGCAGUCAAUUUUUUCUUAGAUUUAAUGAAGCUGCUAUUGUACAUCCCAAAGAUCCCAGUUCUGUUACACUUUUUUUUAGAAAUUUUUUCAUGAUCUCAAAUACGGACAUUCUUUCUUUGUGAGCAUACCACUUUUUUCUUUUUAAGGAAUACGAAUGUCCAGUUUGGUAGAGCAUGGCUAUGGUAUUUCGGAGUUAUGAAGUAAAAAAUCCUGGGCAUUAAAUUAUUGCCUCAUUGCAUUCAAGUUCUUUCAUCAUUCUCGGAAUAUAUCGGAUCGUAUUAUAUUGCAUAAUCUCCCAGAUUGUCUCGAGGAACGAUGCUGGCCUUACAAACCAGUCGUUGUAGGUUCGAGUUUCGGCUCGGGAGAGACUGUUAGUGUCAGUAGGAUCGUAGAGCUAGCCCCGCAAUUGUCCUGUACACUAAACAGUUGGCUGCGAAGUCUGUGUAUAACAAACAGAAAGUCAAGUUCUAAAUCGGGAUGUAGCAUCAAAGCUUUGGUUUUUGCUUUGCUUUGCUUUUUAUUAUAUUGCAUACGUGCGUCGUUACAUUCAUGGAGGAAUGAAAAACACGUUGACAUGAGCGAUUUGCAUGCAAGUUCACGGCUACUUACUCCUCAAGAUUGUAUGCAAUUCGUUACGAUGCGUUUUUACCAAACAUGAACAUGCCAUUUGAAGACUGUUCAGAAAAUUAUAAAUACACUUUUUGGAGCUUUUUGAUCAUCAUAUUCUGAAGUAUGCUUAAAAAUAAUUUGUUUUCAUUCCAAUUUUACUUUAAUUUGUAUUAUUUUGGGCAGAGUACGUUAGUUCUCUAACCUCUUCUACCACUCACAAGCUUCCGCACAAUGCUUUCUCCGACCAUUUCCAUCUCUUUCCGUUGGUUUUAUAUGUAUAUACUACAUUUUUGCUGGUUUUGUACGUUUCCUUAGCUUCGCCUUCAUCAAAGCCCAUAAAGUUUCGAUUGGGUGAGCUCCAGGGCAGUUUGGUGGAUUUAUCUCCUUGUUCGGCUUGUUGGAUUUAAACCACUCCUUAGAGGAGUAACCGGAAGCGAUAUCGAGCCGGAUGAUUGUACGAUAAUUUUGCUUUUUAAUUUUUUCGCAAAUACUCUUUCACGAAGAUUCUGCCAGAUGACAGAGAUAAUUAAAUCACGAGACGUUUUUCGAUAUUCGCAAAUGGCUUGCCACACCAUAACCUUCUUAGCGAUAUUUUCGGUUCAGUAGACCCAUACUUUUCUUGGCACGCAUAACGUUAGUCGAUGAGGUACCUAGUUUUUUCGCCAUAACUCGUACUGAUGCUUAAGGGUGCCGCUUUUAGUAAUCUCUUAUCUUUCUGACUGUUGUAAGGUCUGGAGGCCCGAGUUUUCUAUUACGUCUCGGGGCAUCUGAAAGUGUAUAUUCUUCACCAUACUUCCGUUAUACAGUUUGAACUGCUCCGACGCUUACACCUUCUUCUUUCGCUGAUUUUCUCAAAAUACCACUCACGGUGCCCCAUUUGUGCACAAUUUGUGUUCUUUAACCGGGAGAAAGGCCACGCAUUUUCAACCAUUCGCGCAAAACGUUAGAAAAAAUUACAACAUCUGUUUCAUUUGGAUGUAAACAAUAGGACGCAGCCAAAAUGUGGAUGAAUACUGUGAAUUGUCAAAACAGAAACAUUUCAUUUCGAAUUCUUUCGAAUUUACUUGGAAAUGACGACCGCUUUUGGAAAAUUCACUGGCCGAGUUCAACUUGUUCGUCGUUGAGUUUAACCACUCGCUGCAAACGAUCGGGGAAGGUAUCGCACAAGGUCCAUAGGUGCUGUCGUCAGUUAUCGCUUCAAGAUUUCCGCACCUUCAUAUUUGUUGCGCAGCCUUCAGCCUCCAAUAUACUCCAGACGGUGAAGUCCAUAGGAUUCAGGUCCUGUGAACUCGCUGACAACUUCGAGCUCGAAAUGACCCCUGGAAAAUGUUCCGUAAACCAGACUUGGGUUUCCUUCGCUUUGCGUGCCGACGCUGAGUUUUGUUGGAAAACCUAAUUCCUAGUACCAAAACGACUAUGUGCCCAGGGUUUGACGACGUUUUGUUAAACUAGUUCUCGAUAUUUAUUUUGUCUGGUCUUCACUCCUUCAGAGACAAAAAUCAGCGGAGUCUAGUCAACAUAAGUGACCAUCACCGAUACUUGUUUCUAUACUGUUUGCCGGUAUUACAGCAACAAAAAUCUGUCGUUCUGCCUAUUCACGAACUGUUGAACGGUGAAAAAUUUCUUGUCGGUAAACAUGAUAUUCUCCAAUCUUCCGUCCGCGGCUCUCGUUACCAGCGCCCUCGCUUUUUACCUGUUUUUAUUUUUGCUUCACCGAAAGGUUUUGAAGCUUCUGGAUCUUGUAGAGCUUGGUCUGCAGUUUAUCUUUCAGGCUCUGACGGAGACGUCGAUCCGAUCCACCGGUAGACGUUGAAAUCCACCGGUAAUUUAGUGGCUGUGCGUUGAGGAUUUCGCUUAAAACGAUUUUUGACGAUCUUCACAAAAGCAGGCAGGUCAUUCCUUCUCAAAGAAUCUCUAGCGUGUGGGAGAAUACUCGUGACACUUUUCAAAUGGACCCAAGAUACGAUGGAAGGUUCUCUCCUCUCUCACUCUGAAUAAUUCAUUACAGCGUCAUUAUUAAAGUUUUCAACGAAAUCUUGCUAGGUAUAAUUCGAAAGAUAAUAAUAUUGCUAAGCUUACUAUGCAAAGAGUAUCAUAACAAAUGAUAAAAUAAUCAACUUGUUGAUCUGAGAGAUAGCACACAAGACUACUUAAGUCCAUUUAAAAGGUUACGCGAGUAUAUCUUUCACUGCGAAAACAACUACUCUUACACUGGUGGGCAAAGCGUCGCACUUACUUGAAGAGAGUAGCGAAUCGUGUGUAUCUGAGUUGCUUGCAAAAAACACUGCGGUGUAAUUUGAAAUAUACUUCCAGAGACAUUGUAAACUGGUGUGGUCUUUCUCACACGAAAGUGCAUUACGCUCAAUAACUAUAUAUUAUUCAUUUAGUUGAAAAUUCUAGUUGUCGACUGGCGACAAUUGAUUCUACUUUCAUGCCGCACGUUAUACCAUACGUCGCAAAUAGUUCGCUGUAUAGCGCAUCUGAUGUGCUAUACAGUGCACUACUUCCCACGUAAGGAUAUUUAAAGUAGUAGCGAAAAGUCACGCGCAACGAAAGUCGCGAUUUCGAUUUAGUGCUGCGACGUUAAUACCUCACUGAGCUCACUGCAGUACUUUUACUAUGUGGCAGACACAGCACAAAGCAAAAAACUGCUACACGCAACGCUCAUAUUGGACAAGAAGUAAGCGAAAUUAACAAAAUGUACAUGGUCGGUUUUUGAAAUUUGACAUGACCAUUUUCGCUGCCACCCCAACAUACAUACACUAACAGCUAAGACGGCAUCCAUAAAUUACGUAACGCUAAUGGGGGAGAGGAGGGUAUCCUUGAGCGUUACUGUUUGUUACAUAGGGGAGGGGUGAGGUAAGUUUAGCGUUACGUAACAAAAAAAAAACUCCGGAGAGACUUUCCAAAAGCGAGCAUUUUUAUUAAGCAAAUUCUUCUACAGCGUUACGUUAUUUUUAUGGGGGUGUUGGCGUUGGCGUUACGUUUCCUUACAUAUGGGAGGUGGAGGUCCAAAAAUUGGAUUUUUUGCGUUACGUAAUUUAUGGAUGUCGCCCAAGACGCAAUGUUAAUAAAGCUACGAGAAACCGUCCAAUGCAGUUUUGAGUGCAACGUGAAAAUGGGUAUUAAAGUUAUGUAGCAGUUCAAUGGCAGGACCCUGUAUAAUUUAUCCACUGUGGGCAGAUAUAUCAGAAUCUGCCAAUAAUCGUCAUGCAUUCUGUAUAGUACAGAAGACACAUUUAUUGCAAAAAAUAUAUAUCUUGUAGUUAUUGCUGAUGUAAUAUAAGACAAAUGUAAAGAAAAAUUUUGAUCAAUGAACAUUGAUUUUUCAACUCGUUUUUUCUUUUCAAUUUAAAAAAAAAUAUUUUCAAAAUUUAGAUUUUUUUUCAAUUUUUAAAAUUAUUUUUAGUAAGAUAUUUAAAUUUUUCAAAACUAUUUAUUAAAUUUUUUAAUAUUUUUUGCCUUUCUCCUAGAAAGGUAUAGCAAUCACUGGAAAAACCGAAGGUAUAAAAGUGGUCCCAAUGGCCGAAUGUCAUAUACCACUCGACUUUUUUCGACGAACUGAGCAUUUUCUGUAUGUAUGUAUGUAUGUGUGUAUGUGUGUAUGUGUGUGUAUGUGUGUAUGUGCAACUUUUUUUUCUCACUCACUUUUCUCAGAGAUGGCUAGACCGAUUUUCAUAAAAUUAAUUGCAAAUGAAAGGUCUAGUUGCGCCAUAGGUUGCUAUUGAAUUUCAUUGUAAUCGGAUUUUUAGUUUAGAGGUUAUGUAUCAAAAUGUAAAAAUCACGAAACAUCAAUAUCUCAGAAACCACACAACCGAUUUCAAUAAAGCUGGUUUAAAAUGAUUGGGCUGUCCCCAGAACCCUUAACUUUUGAAUUUCGUUAUGAUUGAACAUAUGGUAUAAAAGUUAUGUAAAGAAAAGUUAUCCUGAGGUUGUUUAAACUCACCCGUUUUUCUCAGUGAUGGCUGAACCGAUUUUCACAAAAUUAGUGUCAAAUGAAAGGUUUAGUUGCCCCAUAGAUUGCUAUUGAAUUUCAUUGCAAUCGGAUUGUAACUGUGUCCGUUGUUCAUAAAAAUGUGAAAUCAGAUAAUGAAAGUAAACAUAUUGACUUUCUCCUAACGAUCACUGGCUAAUUAAAAGGUAGAAAAAUGAUAGAAAUGAUUGGCCGAAUGUCAUAUACUACUCAACUCAGUUCGACGAAUCGAGCAUUAUCUGUAUAUAUGCAUGUAUAGGUGUAUAUGUUUGUGUGUGGGUGUGUACGUGUGUAUGUGCACCUUUCUUUCGCACUCACUUUUCUCAGAGAUGGUCUGACCGAUUCUUUCUAUCUUGGUGUCAAAUGAAGGGUCUAUUUGCCGCUUAGGUUGCUAUUGAAUUUCAUUGUAAUCAAACUUUUAGUUUUGGCGCUGCGUCUGAAUGUGAAAAACGCUCUUAUAUCUCAGAAGCUAUGAACAUAGUUGAAUUCAAAUAAAUGGGCUUUCAAACCCUUAAACAAUGAAUUUCAUAAUGUUUAAACAUGUGGUUUGAAAGUUAUAGAAAGAAACGAAACCCCCAGACUGUUUUAAACUAUAGCUACGAUCAAAAUAUGUGGCCUCAACAUCAUUUAAAUUUGAUAUUGUACUAUUUCAAUGUUUUCGGCCUUGCUCGGGAUUGAAGUUGGAAUUAAAAGUCAUUUCUAUCAUUUCACUUUUUGCCUUUCUCCUAGAAAGGUAUAGCAAUCACUGCAAAAACUAAAGGUAUAAAAGUGCUCAAAAGGGCCGAAUGUCGUAUACCACUCGACUAGGUUCGACGAGCUGUGCGUUUUCUGCAUGUGUGUGUGUAACGCUCUCCCAAUCUCACUCGAUUUUUUUAGAGAUGGCUGAAUCGAUUUCAAUGAAAUCAAUUGCAAAUGAAAGGUCUAGUUGCCCUAUAAGACCCUAUUGAAUUUUAUUGUAAUCUGAUGUCUAGUUUAGAGGUUAUGUAUCAAAAUGUAAAAAUCACGAAACAUCAAUAUCCCAGAAACUACACAACCGAUUUGAACAAAAUUGGUUUCAAAUGAACGGGCUACCUACAAAUUUUCAACUUUUGAAUUUUAUGGAGAUUGAACAUAUGAUUCAGAAGUUACAGAAAGAAACGUGUUUUGGAGACUGUUUAAUCUCACUCAUGUUUCUCAGAGAUGGCUGGACCGAUUUUCAUAAAAUCAGUGUCAUAUGGAAAGUCUUGUUGCCCCAUAAGACCCUAAUGAUUUUUUUUUGCGAACGGAUUAUUACUUUUCCUGUUAUGCUUAGAAAUGUGAAAUACAAUUAUGAAAAGAAACAUAUUCUGUAACUACUUGGGCCCACUCACUUUUCUCAGAGAUGGUUGACCCGAUUUCCACAGAAUUAGUAUAAAAUGAAAGGUCUAGCUGCCUCACAACACCCUAUUGAAUUUUGCUGUAAUCGGAAUGUAACUUCGUCUGUAAUGUAUCGAAAUGUGAAAAUCACUAAACUUCAUUAUCUUAGAAACUACACAACAGAUUUGAACAAUAUUGAUAUCGAAUAAACGGGAUAGUUAAGGGUUAACUGAUAAAUUAUUAUUGAACACGUGGUUUCAAAGUUUGGCUCCCCCAUACGUUCCCUUUUCAUUUGAUUGUAAUCAAACUUAAGCAACCGUUAUGUUUUAAUUUGUAAAACAACGAAAGUCUAUUAUCUCAAGUAUUACACGACUUAUUUGAACAUAACUAGUGUCAUACAAACGAGUCAUCUCUCAAACUUACAAAUAACAAACUUCAUAAAAAUUUGAUAUACUUUCCAAAAGUUUUGUAAAGAAAAGUAAUUCAAAGACUAUUCAACACUAUAGCUGCUUUGAUCGAUAUAUAUGGCCUCAACAUGAUUUAAAUGUGGUAUCGUACUAUUUGAACGUUCCCGGUAUCGCUCGUGAUUAGAUUGUUCGAAAUUAAGAGUCAUUUCUUAUAUUUCGCUAUUUCUGAAGCACUAACAUUACGUCAAAUUUCAUAUUUUAUACUUUAAUUACAACAUCAAUAUUUUAGAACCCAAAGAGUGAAUAUACUUUUUUGGAUUUAAGCAUUCAUGUAAAUCUAUUUUUGCAAAUAAUAAGUUUGAUUGAGAAAGGCUGAGUCUGACCACUAGGUGGAUUAAUUUAGGUUUUAAUUUAUAAAUUAAUCAGGGAACUUCCACGUUGCACGAAACUAACUAUUUAUAACUUCUCUCCUUCGGAAGAUUUAUACACUUCAAAAUUUCCUUAUGGGUUGCUAUGCCUUGUCGGACUGCCCCCUUCCUUUCCAUCGAGCGUUACGUAUUUUAUGGAUGUUUUCUUACGACAUAUUAGCUCUAUAUAAGUCAUAUUUGAAAUAAAAAAAAAUACUACAAUAUAUAAUCAAAUAACAUAUAAUCGAGUCUAUAUGAAAUCGAGUCAGAUCUGUACCACAUUUUGCGAUUUUGUGUGAGUUUAAUAAUAUAUUUGAAUUUAUUUUGAAUAAGUCAUUUUCAAAUUUACCACUAUAACUCGUUUUUGUGUUCCAAGCGAAGCAGGGGUUCCUGGGGAUGAAACGCACCACAUAGCGAAAGCUGAGUUUAUUCUUGUUAAAGCUGAGAGAUAAAAUCAAUGUUACAUACGGACCAAAAUAUGUAAACCGUUGUUUAUUCGUUCAAACUUUCAUCAGAUGCUAAAACAUUAUAGAAAAUGCAUAACGCGCAUUCUUCUAAGUGAGUGUGAUAAUUUGGAGUUACACCAAACAAGGUAAAAUACACUCUUGCUGGGGUAAAAUGCUCCGCAACAAAGGGGCAAGGAGCACCGUCUAAAUGAGGUAAAAUGCACCCCAUGAGCUUUUUCAAACUCAGAAAAUGAGUUCAACUGUAUACAUCAUACUAAAUUAAAAUCACACAGUAUUUUUUCAUGCUAGAGUCAUUGUUUUGCUGUUUCGGUUGGGGUUUAGCCAUUGCCCUUCUUCAGACAGCGGAUCUGGUUAUUAUCUAAAAUAAGUAAUCUAAGUAAAAAACUCUUCAUAAUUUAUAUACAAACUUUUCGUUCGAAAAUAAAAGGAACGGUGAGUUUUUCAUAUCUACAGCAAACGCGGGCAAGAAAUCAAAAAAUUGCAAAAACAUUGAAUUUUACGUUUCUGUGUUGUACUCGAUGUUAUAUCUCAUAGCACAUUCCUUCGGUUAUUCUACUUUUUCUGAAAAUUUAAAAUGGAUCCUAUUAAUUUGGGAUGCACUCGAAAAUAAAAUUGAUUGUAUCUUAAUAAGGAGAUAAAAGCAGUGUUUUAUUUUCAAAAGAUUAUGCAUGUAAUGGUCAAGUUUCUUUUUCAGUUGUCUUGAAUCGAGUGCCAAGUAAAGAUCUCAGUUAAAAAAGGAUUUUUGUUUCUGAGCUAGUGAAAAAGUGAGGUUAGGUUUUUCAUGAAAUGAUAUUAAACACUACAUAAAAUCAAUUGCGGUAUUCGUAUUUUUGUCUACAUCUAAAAGUUUGAAAGUUAGCUUUCUAAUUCUAAGCAAAUCAUCUCGAGAGCGCCGGCCAGGUUUAUCCGGUUUAGUUUGAACGUUCGUUUCUGGCAUGCAGCAUUAUCGCAAACCCGUGAUAGAAAAGUGUCAAUCCUACUAAAUGAUAGAGUACCCCGUUUAAGCUACACUAAGACAGAAUACACACUUUGAUCCUGUUAUUUAUUCUCAACGUGUCAUAUUAGCUAAGUUGUGUCGACAUGUGCCGACCGUAAGUCCUAACACUUGUUAUAGGUUAGUGAGCUCUAUAAGAACAUAAGCACAAAAACACACAGCCAGUCGUUGGAAAAGAAUUACUUUUUCCAUACUAGUAAAAGGAAAGUAGAUUAUAGCAAUGAUAUUCUUAUCACCGAUAACGAAAAAUUUUGUAGUUUGCUGCUGUAAAUGUGAGCUCCGAUGAUGUGUUGAAAUACUGAAACAAGCAAAAUCCUCUAACAUGUAAUAAUUCUUCUUUUGUUGUUCACCAUCUAUCGACACUCGCUACCUUGCGACGAAUGACGGAAUAAUAUAAUUGAUUCUAUUCACACAACACACAUCCACGGGCCCGCACCUGGUUCGCAGUGGGCAAAACUGCGAGCUUCCUUCAUUUGCAUACUAAGCAUUCCCAUUCCCGGGACUGUCAUACGCUGGCCAAAAUGUCAACCCUAAAGUGCUCUCAAUUCUUUUGUUUUUCACACCGCAUGACAUUUCGCUAUCGAAAUGUUCCGAUCGUAAAGCAAGCCACGCGCAGGCCAGAGUGCACCGUCGUAGCCAAGCUUACCUCGCCUAUUAGGACAAUUCAAUUGUGUGGAUUUUUUCCCAUCGCUGACGACGGUAGCCAACCGCAAGGCAGUUUGUUCCAAUUGCUGAGCACGAACUGCUACCGUAGGCUACCGCGUACCGUCCGACAAAUACGGUAGUGCAAUUGCGCAAUCCCCACGGACGCCAUCGUCGCUACCACCUCCACCUCCAACACGCAUGAUCCGCCAGUACCGCCACGCCAGUAAUGAUGAAGAAUUGUGGCCACCCCCACGUGGUCGCCCUUUCGGCGCAGACGGCCGAGCGAUGAAACGCGCAAGCGAUCUCCCACCUUUAAUAAUAACGAAAUGUUUAGAGCUGGUGGCACCGUCGGGGUGCAAGCAGUUAGUAGACAACAUCACGUUAUUACGUACCCCACCGCCGCCCGGUCGGGCCGUGUCGUGUUCAUGGGCGGGGUUUUCACCAACCAGCGAAUCUGGGACUCAUCUAAUGUGGAACGGUUGGAAACAAAAAUAAACGAUGCAGGAAAAGCGACAGCGGCGCUACUGAUGAUGUAGGGUGAACUCUUGGCUCGAGGGAUUCUUCUUUAGAUUGAAUCGGAGCCAUAUUUUUUACGAAUAGAAGUAACUAGGAAGUGUAAUUAAUUUCAUAAUUAGGUUUUCCUCUGCAGUGACGGAAACCGUUUCACGAUUGGGCUAUUUUUCACAUUUAGAUUUAAACUCAACAAAAAUGCUCUUAUGAUAAUGCUGAGAAGAUUUCAUAGAUAUAUUUUAAUUGUUGGCCUAUGACUUAUGAGCAUAGAAUGACAAAUGUUAGUCUAGCUGAAUUUUCGAUUCUUACACACCCACUAAAUUUCACUAAAUUCUGACAAACCAUUUGGUUGAGUUGACACGAAAUCCUUUUACUCAUAACUUUCUAAUAUUAUUUUUUCGGCACUUUUUGAUGUAGUGUUAUUUCUUGUAUUUCGAAAGUAUCUUGAUAAUCUAAUACACUUUGAGGAUUUAGACAUAACUUUCUGUCCACUCAAAUUAUGACUGAGGAGGACAUACAAAGUAGAACAUUUCAAAGUUACAUCAGCGGACCUGUUUCAUCUACUUACUUCGCGACGCGCUGCUUGUAUCGAACCGAACAUUUACAGCUCCAGCUAACGGCAGUAGCUACUGCCGCAGCGGUGGUCGAUCAGCGUAAAACACACCCAUCACAUCGUGAGCCCACUUCACUCAGCAGCAAAUAAUAAUAAUGCAAUCAAUGGCAGACACUCGCCGACAGGCUGGGCGCCACCGUCAAUUUCUUCAAUCAUGGCCAUAAAUCCUUACAGCAAAAAAAGUUAUACCUCAUAGUCGUAAAGGUCUAAACGUGUUGUUGUAGUUUGUAAAAUGAAAUCUAACUGACACAGUGUAGUAAAACUGAAAAGUCCGGUCCAUCAGCCUACACGCAGCAUCUCCCCUAGAAUAGGACGAAAAGAGCAAUCGGACCAGCAUACAGAAUAGUACUUAGGGCCAGAGAAAAAAAAACAUAGUUUAGUGAAAUAAUCACCGCGUGAGGAGAACAAAGUAAAAACCAUAACAUGAAACGCAAUAAAAAUUCGAAUAUAAAUAGUGAAACAAGCGAAUAUGUAACCAAGUAAACGUUAGCAAUGUAAAUACUAGUAACUGUUAUUAUUGUCGCUAUUUAUUUUCCGCUUGAAGGCGGCUUACAUCCUUUUUCGUGCAUUCGUACAUUGAAAGAAGCAUUGUAGUUUUCCCAGCAGUACGUUGUCGUCUCGAUGGUUCGUUGGUUUCUUUGCCGUACGCAGAGACCCUCAAUCUCGUCAAACUGGCCAAGCACUGCUAGUAGCACCAUUGAUGCGACGAUAGAUAAACCGAGGUUCAGAGUUGUGUUUUGAGAACGAUCAAAAUUUGCAUAAAACAAUCGUAUAAUUCUGUUAACUACUUAUCCGCUAGGGAUGAUCAAUACAUCGUCCAACUUUCUUCCUCCCUUUCGAAUCCAUCAUAUUUUGUACAUCUCAAACCACCACCAAGAGCCCAACUCGUCAGCUACGGAACCCAGCUCCGGGUUGCGUGCGUCUAAACUGAAGAACCACACUGACUGGGCUUUUUUCUAUUAAAUGUAGAAACAUGUACAAAAUGCUGCAACUUCCAUGCACAAAACAUUCCACCUAGGCUAGCGCUAGAAGUAGGCAACCGAUUGACUAGAUGUAAUGGCCAAUUAAACCUAUAAUGCUUAUGUUUAGAUUAUUAUUAUUCGCGAAUAGGCCGACAAUGUUUAAUACUUCCCAAUGAGCAUGUAAAUGUCUAGUUAUUGGAUUGUGUGCAGAAGCAAACAAGUUGUAAUUUUAGCUUAAUUGAGUAGAUAUUCAAAUUUGCCGUACUGGUGCAAGAUGCGAAGCCAUGUAGUAUUUCCAAUUUGCCAUAAUGUAAGCAGUGUAGAUUUUCUUAUGAUAUAUCCGUGAAGUCGUUAAUGACGUUAAUCGAAUAAAUGUUUUAUGUUUUAUUGUGAA